AUGCUGGCGUACUCCCCGCGUCGCCUAUCGUCUCGUGCAGACGGUGUUCCAGCACAUGGUGACCAAAAUCAAGCUCGCGAUGCGGCUCAGAAACGUCGAGGUCGACAGCUUUGUGUGCUCGGGCGGCGUCGCGGCCAACGCGAUGCUCCGAACCAUGCUCCGCGCCCAGAUCCCGGAAAUCAGGCACUUCUACUUCCCAGAGCCGCGGCUGUGCACAGACAACGCUACGAUGAUCGGCUGGGCAGGCAUCGAGCUGUACGAGAGCGGCGUGAGGACGCCUAUCGGGAAGAGCGUCGUGCGCAAGUGGCCGCUGUGCGAGCUCGACGAGUACAAGGUCUAGCCGUGUCUAUAAAAACGCUUCCUGUAUAUUGA